AUGUGCCGCCACGUCAAGCGGUUUGAGGGCGAGCAUACGUACAACUACGGGCAUCACACGUUUACGAUCGUCCGCGAGGGCUCAACGUUUUUCAUUUUGCCCCUUGGCUUCCUCAUUGCUUAUGUCGCAACCCUCUUUGUCCCCAUGUCGUUUCAGCUGGAGGCGAUGUAUUCGGUGCUAUUAAUUGCCUUUUCUCGCUAUUUUGCGCGGGGCCGGAAAAACAGGGAUUGGAAGGACUUGAAAGAGCGACACGUCAUCGUCACAGGUGGGACGAGCGGUAUUGGGCGAGAAACGGCUUCUCAGCUGGCCGCCAUGGGUGCCGACGUGACGGUGCUCUCACGCAACGGUCCAAAUGUUGAUGUUGCGAUGGCGUACAUAAAAAAAUUUGCAAAGAGUGAUGAGCAGCAGAUAAGAUUUACCGCGUUGGAUCUUGCCGACUUUAUUGCAGUGCGUGACUACUGCAAACGCGCCCAACAGCAGAGGAUGGCAGUUGACAUCCUUGUGAACAACGCGGGGCUGAUGCAGCAAAAGCAGGUGAUGUCUCGUUUUGGUGACGACGAGCAGCUUGCCGUGAACCUCCUCGGGCCGUUUUUGCUUACAGAAGGACUUUUGCCGCUUGUGGCAGAGAACGGUGGACGUAUCGUUUAUGUUUCAUGUUCGGCCCACGUUGCAGUGAAGCGAAAUAUUGUGUCGACGUACCUGUCCGGACGCGGGCUGUGGUCCCCUCGCAUCCGGGAUAAGUUUGAUGGACUCGAGCAGUAUGGAUUUACAAAACUUGGCUGCAUCUAUCACGCACAGGACUUGGCGGUGCGCUCCUACACGAAUGCCUCAAAACCAUUUGCAUCUAUGACACCUGCCACAGUCGCCUCUAUCCUAACGCCUAGCAACGGCAGAGCUCAUAAAAGUAACAGUAACGACGGCAACAGCAAUACACCGCGGUACACCACAUGUGUUGCGGUUCCUGGUGGCGUCGUGACAAAUCUUUACCGUUAUGUUCCCCUUGCCACGACGUUUCGUUGGUGUCGUUACUUUUAUCUGCUCUUCAUGCGCACAGCUACUGAGGGAAGUCAAGUGGUUGUGAACUGUUGCGUGCGGGAGGAAUUAGUGAAUGGCGGUUAUUAUCAGAAUUGCCGCUACAGCCCUACAGGCCUUUCCGCUACCGCUUGCAGCGUAGAGGAACGAAAAAGUGUGCUGGCAUGGGUGAGGCUAAAGAUGCAGCCGUACAUGCGGUGGGAGAGUUAG